AUGGCCGAUUCAGUUCCAAUACAACGUUCAUCUGAAGUCGAAGAUUUAACACAUUUAACUGAUAAAGAUAAAAAACAUAUUGCUGAAGAUGCUGAAAAAGGACAAUGUGUUACACUUCAUCGAAGUGAAGAAAUGGAAGAUUUAGCUCAUGUAUCACCACAAGAUGCAAAUAAACCUUUAAUCAAUGAUCAAACUACUCCACAUGUCAAAUAA